CCCCUGAAAACAUUGUGCUUUCAGGGCGUACAAAACCAGGAAGCGGAUGAAGUCCAUUGCAAUGAAAAAUACGCCCACAUGUGGAGGGCUGAAAGUCCAGAAGAAACCUGUGAAGUUGAUGAAAGAAAAUAUUCUUGGGUACCCCCAGGUUUAUCAAAUAGAGAAAUUGAUGACUAUUUUAGUCAGUUAUCAGAGCAUCAGAUUCCUGUAUUAGGGAGUGAUGGAGAAGGAUACAGAAAUCAACAGUUGAUUCAUCAAUUACCAAAGCAAGAUUUAGCUGCAUCCUAUUGUAAAUAUUUGGAUAAAGAAUUUAUUGCGCUCUUUGAAAAUUUUGUCAAUACUCGGAAUGAAUCUGCUUUAGAUAUCGGUUAUGUUUCUAACCAACUGGAUCAAGAGAAAGUGUGUACAAAAUGUGAACUACCUUUCCAAUAUGUGUGUGUUGUAGCUGCAAAGUUAGGAUCAUCAUUCCAUCCUUCAUGUUUCAUUUGUUCUGUAUGUCAAGAAUUACUCAUUGAUUUCACAUACUGUAUAAAAGAGAAUUCACUCUAUUGUGAGAGACAUUAUGCGGAGCUUAUUAAACCACGAUGUUCAGCAUGCGACGAAUUAAUAUUUUCGAACGAAUAUACGAAGGCAAUGUCGAAGGAUUGGCAUCAGUCGCAUUUCUGUUGUUGGAAAUGUGAUGAAUCUCUGACGGGACACCGUUACGUACUGAAAGAAGAACAUCCAUAUUGUGUGAGGUGCUAUGAGCAAGUAUAUGCCAAUUCUUGCGAAGAAUGUUCAAAGCCUAUAGGCAUCGAUUCAAAGGAUUUAUCUUACAAGGAAAAACAUUGGCAUGAGAAAUGUUUCCUUUGCAACAAAUGUCGUGUCUCACUAGUCGAUAAACCCUUUGGUUCCAAAGCUGAAAAAGUUUAUUGUGCCAAUUGUUACGAUGCAUCAUUCGCCACUCGAUGUGAUGGCUGUGGAGAAGUCUUCAAAGCAGGUACAAAAAAGAUGGAAUAUAAAGGUCAUCAGUGGCAUGAUCAAUGUUUCUGUUGUUGUGUAUGUAAAAACCCAAUAGGAACAAAAAGUUUUAUCCCCCGUGAUAAUGAUAUCUACUGCACCGUUUGUUAUGAAGAAAAAUUUGCUACUAGGUGUAUUAAAUGCAACCAGAUCAUUACAAGUGGUGGAGUAACGUACCGUAAUGAACCAUGGCACAGAGAAUGCUUCUGCUGCUCAAACUGCAACACUUGCCUUGCUGGUCAACGUUUUACAUCCAGAGAAGAUAAACCAUAUUGCGCAGAUUGUUUUGGAGAACUCUUUGCAAAACGAUGUGUAGCAUGUUCUAAACCUAUCACUGGUAUUGGAGGUACGAGGUUCAUAUCGUUUGAAGAUCGUACUUGGCAUAAUGAUUGCUUUAAAUGUGCUAUGUGCACUUCUUCUUUGGUUGGAAAAGGCUUCAUUACAGAUGGACCUGAAAUUUUGUGUCCAGAAUGCGCAAAACAAAAGCUUAUGUAAUUCCUCAAUUUAUAGCAACAGAAGACCUCUUCAACUAAAGACCAUAAAAUAAUCCAUGCUACGUGGAUAUUUGCUUAUGCUCUUCAAUUCAUAGCUGAAUAAUUUGCUGCUCUCGACCUGCUGGCUCAAAUCAAUACAAUAUUUUCAAUAUUCAA